CGACGUCGCAGUCUCGUGAUCGUAGACGUAGCCCAAGUGCGUUGUUUCUUGUAUUUUUUCUAUUUGCCGUUGAGUCCAAGAUCCAAGAUAGAGAGAAGCCAGUUCAGAAGAAGGCUGUUCAUCUGGAACUAUUAUUGUACGGUUCCUUGUGAUCACACUACAACAACCAUUGUUACUUAGUCUGUGGGUGGUGUGACUAUGUCGACGCUAAGAGUUGCUAUGGUUGGGUGCGGCCUUAUUGCACCGCAGCACUUGGAAGGCUAUAAACGCAGUUGUGGUCGUGCCGUUGUGGUAGCACUCAUUGAUACAAAGGAAGAGAACGCCACGUUAUUCGCACAGGAAGUUGGUGGAAGUCCAAAGAUAUUCGAUGACCUGAACAAGGCUCUGGAAUGGGGAGAGUUUGAUGCUGUGGACAUCAUGACACCUCAUGACCUUCAUUUCGACCAUGCGCUGGCGUGCAUAAAGGCCAACAAGCAUAUUCUGCUGGAGAAGCCAAUGGCGAUUAAUCUUCAAGAAUGCGAGAAGCUGCUGACAGCUGGGCAGGAUCAUGUCACGCAGAACAAGAAGGUGUUUAUGAUCGGAGAGAAUGCACAGUACUGGCCAGAGGUUGUCAAAGUGAAGGAAAUCAUUGACAGCGGACGCAUCGGUGAUGUGUAUUUUGCAAAGGCAUCCUACUGCGUGACCAAACUCAGCUGCCCGUUAGAGAUGCGUGUGGACAGCAAACGCUGGGAGUUCAAUCCAGCUCGGGUUGGUGGUGGAAUCCUUAUGGGCGGCAGUUGUCACUGGCUGAGACCACUACGGAUGUGGCUGGGUGAAGUGGAUGAAGUGGUGGGCACUGUCAGUGAAAGCGCAUUUGAGGGCAUGCCAGCCGGAUAUGAAACGCAGGCACAGGCCCUGCUGAGAUUCAAGAAUGGCAAGACCGCUUGCUUCCAAGGGCUUUAUGCAAGCCAUGCCUUGUCGGACACGCCAUUCUUCCAAGUAUAUGGAUCAAAGGGUGAGAUAACUAUUGGUGGAGGUUUCAAAGCAGGUGUGACCGUAUAUGACCGUGAGCAUGUGAAUGGUGAGAGUCAGGGCCCUGCGCUCGGCUACUCGGAAUCCUUUCCACCGGAGAUCGGAGCGUUCGUCAGUGCGGCACUAGAUGGCAAGCCACUGGAUGCCGACGCUAUGUAUUGCAGCGGUGAGCCUCGCAUUUCCUGGGCUAUUUACCGCUCCUUGGAGAGCAAGCAGUGGGAGAAAGUUUGGGACAGCUAGGAAUGCUCACUCGAAAACAAGUUACUAGUAGUCUUUAUAAAUUAUAGUGCAGGCAGCAGCUGCUGCUGCUCCUGCUGUGCAAGUCACAUCACUGUUAAUCCAUGUGGCUUAGCUUGUUUUGUACGAAGUAUUUGGCACAGGCAGCAUCUAGGUCACCUGUCUGCAGAUAUUUGACUCAGAUCAUAAUUAUUGCUUUCAGCAAGGGCGAUGUCCAGAUCUAUAGCACGCAGCAUUGUGCUCAGAUUCUGUGAUACCUAUAUCAUAAUAAUAUUAUGCUGUACUUCGUUUACUGAGCUGGCUACACAAAUGAUUGUCUUCUUUGCAGUGUAUUCCCGAAUCUGCGGCACUAACUUAUUGACAGUAACUUCAUCAAAGAUUACUCAUUGCAACUAACCUUUAGACGUAUUACUUGCUUGAAGACUUGCUUGAAGACUUGCUUAUGUCCUUCUACUUUCUUACAGUGUACAUACAACUCAGGUUUUGAGGUACAUAAUGCUAUUUUGAAUCUUUCUUGGAUGAAAUAAUUAUGUCUUUCAAUUUUCUGAAUAAAGUGGAAUUGCCACGAGA